AUGCCAAUUUAAAAUAGGUUCUUCAAGUAUCUUCCAAAUUCCAAAUUUGAAUUGGAAAAUGGUUAUUUUUUAUUUUACUCGUUUUUUUUGGAGUACAAAAGAGGCGGUCAAUUAGUCAAGGCAAUCGUCUCAUCAUCGGGCUCUCGUGGUUCCAGGAUUCCAGAGAGUUCUUUGUGUUCUUUUUUUUGGGUUUACCUUCGCCGACGCCGGGUGAAAAAUCAAUGGCGUCUGAUCUGGAACGCAAGGCUAAGGAUGCCUUCAUCGAUGACCACUUCGAAUUGGCCGUUGAUCUCUACUCUCAAGCCAUCGCUUUGUGCCCUAACAACGCCGAGCUCUUCGUAGACCGCGCCCAGGCCAACAUUAAGCUACAAAGCUUCACAGACGCUGUAGCCGAUGCAAACAGGGCAAUCGAAUUGGAUCCCUCCAUGGCUAGAGCUUAUUUCCGUAAAGGCAUGGCCUGCUUGAAGCUUGAAGAAUAUCAGACUGCGAAAACAGCAUUGGAGACUGGUAUUCCUUUGGCACCGGUAGAGCUAAAGACAAAAUUCAGUGAUUUGAUUAAAGAAUGCGAUAAACUCAUUGCAGAGGAAGCUAGUGCGCAAGUGGAGACAGAAUCAGUGUCAUUAGAGAGGCCAAAGGAUUCCCAGCCAGCUAUUGAUCUAUCUCAUCACGAGCAAACAGCCGCAAAACCAAUAUAUAGGCAUGAAUUCUAUCAGAAACCAAACGAAGUGGUUGUUACUAUAUUUGCAAAGGGAAUUCCAGCACAGAAUGUUUCUAUUGACUUCGGGGAACAAAUGCUUAGCAUUACUAUUGAUGCACCUGGCGCGGAUACAUAUACUUUCCAGCCACGUUUGUUUGGCAAGAUAAUUCCUGAUAAGUGCAGAUAUGAGGUCAUGACAACGAAAAUUGAGAUCCGCCUUGCAAAAGCUGAUGCUAUCCAUUGGCAGUGUCUUGAGUAUAAUAAGGGAGUUACUGUUAUACGGCAGGCAACUGCUGUCUCAUCUGAGAUCCAAAGACCUUCUUACCCUUCAUCAAAACCUAAGAGAAAAGACUGGGACAAAUUGGAAGCUGAGGUGAAGAAAGAGGAAAAAGAUGAGAAAUUGGAUGGUGAUGCGGCUCUGAACAAAUUUUUCCGUGGAAUAUAUCAGGAUGCUGACGAGGAUACUAGAAGAGCGAUGAUGAAAUCUUUUGUUGAAUCAAAUGGGACAGUGCUGUCCACAAACUGGAAAGAGGUGGGCUCAAAGAAGGUGGAAGGAAGCCCUCCAGAUGGUAUGGAGCUGAAGAAAUGGUAAAUCUGAAGUCUAUUCUUGAUUGAUCUCAAGGGAAUGCCAUAUUUUUUUUUCUUUUUCCUUUUUUGCUUUUAGGUUCUUGGUUCUGUGGAUGGGUUGGAAUUGGGUUUUUUUUGGUGUAGUGUCUGCUCUUCUUUUUCUAACUUCGUGACAUGAUAUUGAAAUUGUCAAAUGUGUUGCAUUUUAUAUUAGUGUGUGUUUGCUUAGGAGAAAAUAUUUUCCCGUAGAAUUUAGAUUCGAAUUUUCUUAUGUUUGAUAACAUAAAGGGCACGAAAAUAU